UUUUGUAUUUAUCACUUUCUCUCUCGCCCAAACUUUUAAAAUGUUUUACCUGAUAAAAUAAUAUAUUUUUAAACUAUAAAGUACCUAAAAUAAUAUGACAAUAAUUGUAAUGAAUGAUAUUAUGCUUGUAAUGCGUUACUAAAAUGUUCAACCCAAAAACGAUUAAGUUACCCAAGAAAAAUGUUGAAAAUCAAGAUGUGUGCAAGUGCCGUCCGCUGUGCCGCAGCAGGCGCCGCCAGUGGCGGGGGCAGCAGCACCCGGCCUCAGCAGAGCGCACUCUGCUUGCGAGGCCGCCGCCCGAGUGUCUUACACGGCGAUUUGAGAAAGUGAGCCCCCAGGGCCUAUGUCCUCUCCUUGCCGUGGACAAGCGAGUGGGACUCAAAGAAUCCCCCCGACAGGCCGUGCUGAGGCUCUGCACGGCUCCCCUCGAUGAUGCAGUGGACACCACGUACUUGGACUAUAUGCAGCUUGCUAAGGACUUGGGUGCCUGGCAGCUAGCCCGCCCUCCGCCGUGCGAGCACCACCCCUGCUCGUGCUGCGGGUGCGACCCCCGCGGGUACCCGCUGCCCGAGCCGGAGAUCACCAUGGCUGAUGUGGACAGCUUCGAGGAAAGGGUUAAACAGGAUGGUGGUGGUUCAGGGUACAGGGCCAUGUAUUGAAAUUGAAAUAUCGUUUAUUUGACGUAGAAUUUUACUAUUACUUGUGAAUAAUUAUAAUAACUCUACCAGCAUUUCACGAA